AUGGACGCUUUCACUGCCAUCUUCUCUACCAUCUCUUCUUCUGCAGCCCAAACCUCCGAGGCUCCCCGAAAUGAGGAGGCUGCAGGAACUGGUGUCUACGGGGUGGGCUGUGUCGUCGCCUAA